UCGAGACGCAUCCGGACGAAACUUCUUCGGGACGGUCGCUCACACGUUUUUCUCAAAAAGAUUGAAAAAAAAGUGAUAAAAAAGAAUCAAAUUACGAUUUCCUCGCGAAAAAAAGAAAAUUUUUAAUCGUGAAAAGUCGCGUGAGCAUAAUAAUCGCGGAAUUCGAUCGAUGAGGGAAAAUGGCACAUUACGUCGAUCUCGCUGCGUCCUUUAUUAUCCUUCUCCUGAUGGCCCACCUGGAGCAGCUGGUUCUGCACAAACGAGCGCUCGUCGUCGAGGGAAGAAUGGAGGCUCAGUUCGAGAAAUGCUGCGGCCUUGGCUCUUCUUGGGCUCAGGAGGGUCUUAGGUGUGAGAAAUUCACUGGGCCUGUGACCGGAGUGUCGAGGGUGGAGCAGGGUCUUUGCCUGGAGGCUGUGGAUAUCUGUUGCGUCCGGGCCUAUCACGAACAGCAAUGCGAAAAAGGAAAAGCCGACGCGCGCAAAGGUCUGGCCUGUGUGACAAGCACGGCAUCGCAAAGAUCUCCAAAGACUUUCGGCCGCGGAGAUUACCAUCGCGACUGUUGCGAGGGCUGCAAGCUAGGUAUUCUCGCGGGGUCUAUGGGUCAAGGAUGCUCCUUCAAAAGCUUCUCGUUUGGCAUUCCUUGGGAUCCCGCGUUCUUGGAAUGCUGUCGCGAAGCGUCGCCGAGCUCCACGACGGAUCUUACGAGUGAAUUGUCAAGCGAGAGUUCAACCGAAACUGAUCUAGAUUUUUCAUCGUCUUCGCCAACGUCCUCGUCAACGUCCUCGUAUUCGCCGUCGCCGUCAUCGUCAUCAUCAUCAUCAUCAUCAUCGUCGUUAUCAUCGUCAUCAACGUCAUCGUCGCCAUCGUCGUUGCCGUCAUCGUCUUCGCCUUCUUCAUCUACAUCACCUUUAUCCACAUCAUCGGAUGAGCCUUCCUCUUCAUCAUCAGAUUCCACGCCGUACUCGAUUCCAACUCCAGAAUUGGAUGAUAUCUGUCAACUCAUGAAAGGCAUGCUUUGCACUGACGUUUGCGUACCGACGCCGGGCUCGUAUCGCUGCGAAUGCCGCGACGGCUUCACUUUGUUGGAGGACGGAAAAACUUGUAGGCAGGAUCAACCAAUCGACAGAUGCAAACCAACUCAUCCCUGCGAGCAUCGGUGCACUGACAACGGAGUGGCUGUCGUAUGCAGCUGCGAUCCAGGAUACGAUUUGGCCAAAGACGCACGUUCGUGUAUCCCAAAGUCACCGAGGAAAAAGAUGCCGGACACAGACGAGGAUGACGAAUCGCCGUUAUGUCCGUCGGGCUAUCGUUAUAACGCCACCAAUCAGGUGUGCGACGACGUGGAUGAGUGUCUGGAGCGCAACGUGUGUCCCGGUGGAGGAUGCCAGAACACCAUAGGAUCGUAUAUUUGCAUCAGGGAGAAAUCCGCGAAGAAUGCACUCUACAAAGCUUGCCCUCCGGGUUACGAAUGGCAUCCAUUGACAAAUGACUGCGCAGAUAUUGAUGAGUGUACCAUCUUAUCAGCUGCCUGCACCACAGAUAAACCGAUUUGCAUGAAUACGCCGGGUAGUUACACGUGUCUGGAAAAGACCGGCGUGAAAUGUCCUGCGGGGUUCAAGAUCGACAAAUCGUUGCAGCUAUGCAAAGAUGUGGACGAGUGCGCGGAAGAUAUUCACAGCUGUGCAGCAGAUGUCGAGCAAUGUCGAAACACCGAGGGUGCUUACGAAUGCGAUAUAAAAUGCGGGAAAGGAUUCACGUACAAUAUCGGCCUGGGAGUUUGCGUCGACGUAGAUGAAUGUAUCGAGUCGAGCAAUUCUUGUCCCGAUCCCGACACGAUAUGUGUUAACACGGAGGGUGCGUACGAGUGUACAAAGACAUCGGCGAGUCCUUUUCCACAUAUUCUAAACGACAACAAUCCGUUCGAUCAUCAAAAGGGUAUGCAAUCCAGUUCACGUAUGACUUGUUCAGCGGGAUAUAAAUCCUCUAACAAUUCUGGAAUAACGAGAUGCAUCGACGUCGACGAGUGCAACGAACAAUUGCAUUCCUGCGAAUUUGACGAGCGUUGUGUUAAUGAAAUUGGUAGUUACAGAUGCCUACGGGUUAAAAACAAUAAGGGUACAUCUACCAUGGAAGAAACCAACGACAAUCAACGCGAUGAUCGAUUUAGUCGAGGGUACAAAUUAGAAGGAACGAACAUUUCGUCGGUUAUGAAUGAAAUCGAGGAUUGUGGCGACGGUUACUUUUUCGAUGAGAAAUCUGACCGUUGCAUCGAUGUUGACGAAUGUGCCAAUGGAAUAGCGAUUUGUGGUAUAAGCGAACGUUGCGUGAACACGGAAGGUAGUUACCGAUGUUCUCCAACUUGUCCACCUGGUUUUCGACUGCGCAACAAUUCUCGACCUACGAACGAGGUCAAGGAACAUUGCGAAGAUAUUAAUGAAUGCUUACUAGGUUUGCACGCCUGCAAUAGCUUGACUCAAUAUUGUAUUAAUACAAACGGUUCCUACGUUUGCGGAACGCGAACCACUACUACCAGAAUCGAGACGACGAGUAGCAGCACGACAACAAGAAGACCUUUCGUUGGUCCGCGCUACAACAAAGUACAGGUCCCUAGAAAUAGUUUUAGCACGGAUCGUUACUGGUCCACCGAACCCUGUAGACUGGGAUACAAGAGAGACGCAAGUACAGGCUACUGUGUGGACAUAGACGAGUGUGUGGUCGGUCCCGGAUGUAGGGAUCAUGAGAAAUGCAUGAAUACUCCAGGGGGUUAUGACUGUUCGCCCCUUUGCAGUACCGGCUGGUACUUUAGCACGACGACGAAGAGCUGUCAAGAUGUGGACGAGUGUUUGUUAGGCGGGCACGAUUGUCCUCAGAGUACGCAUAGAUGCGUCAACACUAACGGAUCCUUUGUUUGCGAGUUAAUACCGCCCUGCAGUCGCGGCUAUAGACGAGCCUUCAACGGCACCUGUCUUGAUAUCAACGAGUGCUCCGAGAACUUGCAUAACUGUCGGCUCAACUUGCAUCAGUAUUGCGUAAAUAAAGAAGGUGGCUUCGAGUGUUUGACCAGACUGCCCUCUUGCCCGUCUGGAUAUGAGUAUUCUUUGGGCGCUCGACGAUGCGAGGACAUCGAUGAGUGUCUAACCGGACAGUACAACUGUGACGCGAGAUUUUCCGAGAGAUGCGUCAACCUGCCGGGUACCUACAGAUGCGAGAGACCUCCUCCUCCUCGUCAACGCCAACGACCAGCUUGUCCUUCCGGCUAUCGGUAUCACCCUAGUUUACGCAGGUGUACAGACAUUGAUGAAUGUGCGGAAAAGUUGGACACAUGCGGGGACAAGCUCUGCUACAAUCAACCAGGUGGUUACAGUUGUUCAAUGCCACCUGUUCCAAUGACCAGAAAACCGACUACGACACCGAUGCCGGCUCCAAUGAACGAAAAGUGUAUACGCGGCACCAGAUUCGUGAGGAAUCGCGGCUGCGUCGAUGUCAACGAAUGCAGAGAGUUGGAGGAUGCUUGCAGCAGCAACGAGGAGUGCGUCAACACCGUAGGCAGCUAUACGUGCACCUGUAAGACCGGUUUCAGGCGUGAUAAUCUCACGCAAGCCUGCGUCGAUAUCAACGAGUGUCAGUUACAGGAGAACGACUGUCUGCCGACGCAGCGAUGUGACAACACGAUCGGCAGCUAUACGUGUACGCGAUUUUUGCCUUGCGGUACCGGCUAUACCCUUAAUGCCGCGACGGAGAUCUGCGAAGACGACGACGAGUGUGUUCUGGGCACUCACGACUGCGGGUCUGGAUACCAGUGUAGAAACACCCUGGGCUCGUACCGUUGCGAUCGCACACCGCGUAUACCGACUCCGCAAUCGCGGACGUCGCCAAUGACGACGGCAAGGAUCACGAUGAUUACGACGACGACACCGACGUCGUUGACUCCGACAACUAGUCCUUUAGCGAACUGUCCGCUCGGCUUCGAGCUCGGUUCUGGCGGCAAGUGCAUGGAUAUAGAUGAGUGCCAAAGAACGCCAAAUCUCUGCGCCACAAAAAUGUGCAUCAACACUCUAGGAUCUUAUAGAUGCGGAUCCAGACUGAUCUGCGGACCCGGUUUCACCCUGGACCCGGUGACCGGACAGUAUUGCAUCGACGUAGACGAAUGUCGGGAGGGAACGCACGAGUGCGGCAAGGGCCAAAUCUGUGAGAAUCGACGAGGCGGGUAUCAUUGCAUCUGUCCGCCUGGUCACGCACUUGGUCCCAAUAACGAUUGCGUUGACAUCGACGAAUGUAGUUACGCUAUUGGUAUUUGUGGACCAAACAGCCGCUGUGAGAACACCGUUGGCUCCUAUAGAUGUCUAUGUGGGGAAGGUUUCGAAAACGUUGGAGAAGCUUCCGGUAACUGUCAAGAUAUCGACGAGUGUCAGCGAACACCGGGACUCUGUCAACACAUGUGUUUCAACGUGUGGGGCAGUUAUCGAUGUGGAUGCCAAGCUGGAUUCAGACUAAAUGCCGACAAUCGUUCUUGCAGCGACAUUGACGAGUGCACGGAGUUCAAGGACAGCCAUCUCUGCAUCGGCAUCUGCGAGAAUACGCCGGGAAGCUAUGCGUGCAAAUGUCCUGAAGGAUAUAGGCUCGGUAACGACGGUCGAACGUGUCAAGACAUUGAUGAGUGUGAGGCAGGUCAAGUAUGUAGGGAUGCGGAAGAGAUGUGCCAGAACACGCGCGGAAGUUUCCAAUGUAAUCGGAUAAACUGCCCUUCAGGGUACCAUCGGGACCCCAUGAGAAAAAACCGCUGUGUACGCUCCUCGAGAUUUUGCCGCAUGGACGACCUGGCUUGCCUUCGGUCGCCCUCGCAUUAUUCCUACAACUUUAUUACCUUCGUGAGCAUGCUGCCCAUGCCGUCUACUGGUCAACUGGAGCUGUUCACUAUGAGGGGAAGUUAUCAGUCCGAAUCGACGGUACAUUUCACCAUGGCAUUGGUAGACGUGCGCGCACCACCGGGUGUCGAACGUGCCACGGAGUCCUGCUUUGCCCUUAAGAGACCGGCGCCGUCACAGGCGGUCCUGGUGCUGACGCGCACGAUUCCUGGACCGCAGGAGAUCGAGCUGGAUCUCACAAUGGAAAUCUACCAAGACGCUACGUUCGUCGGAAGUGCCAUCGCCAAGAUCUUCAUUUUCGUCUCGCAAUACGAAUUCUAAGAAGACCUUUUGAACGAAGAUAAAAUGCAGAUGAACGAAGAUAGAAGUUAAGAUCGUAAAAUAAAGUGACGUAAUUUAGAAGUACGCUUAAUUGUCCGAUUUACGUGAUUGCAUCUUCUUCCAUAGCGUUACUGUAUUAUAAGAGCAACAAGCAUUAUAUAUUCAAAUCUUGUUUUUUACGUUAAACAGUACAUACAUGCCGGCUCCUCCGGCUGGUCUCGAACAUCCUGUAUAAACUUCUCUUUUUCAAGAAAUAAAAUUCAAUUGACAUCUUAAGCAACAUAUGUUUAAGACUAAUAAAACGGAUCUUUUUCAUUUUCUGCUCAUUUUUAAAACUAUAAGUAUUAAAAAUAAAUAUACACGAGUUAGCAUUUGGAUCGUAUUAGACAUGUAAAAAGACGAAUUAAAUGUAUAUAGAUUUCUGUAAGUUAACACACAUAAGGGAUAUAACAUAAAAUAAACUUAUGUUAGAUGAUAUACGAAAUUUAUAAUAAUUUCCAAUCCACUUGAUACUUUAUAAAAUCGUAGCUUUAUUAAAUGUUUCACUAGCGACACUCUCCUCCCUCUAAUUUACACGGUCCGCUGUUCGUAAUUGGAACAACGCCUAUUGCUUUAAAUCUAACUCUUCACUUCUCCUUCACAGAAGACGAAUAAAGCAAUAAAUCUGAGAUCCUUAGUGUUAAUUGCCGCUUCGUUGCACGAUACGCGCGUUAACGUAUAUAAUGUUAUAUAUAUAUAUAACACAAUAUUAUAUAUACAUAAAAGACUGUAAUAAAAAAUAUAAUAUAAUAUCACUGCGCGUUUUAUAUAUGACGACAAUCGUCGCGUUGGAUGCGAAUAACGAACGCUCACCCAUGAUGUAGCGAAUUGCUAUUAUAUAUUAUUAAUAAGUGAUUUAAUAAUUGUACUAAAGAUAAUUACGGUUGCUAUCGCAAUGACAACAAUAUCGUCGUUAGCGAACAAUAGCGAUAGCGUAAAUCAGAAUAUAAUCGUAAUAAAAUAAUAAUAAUUAUAUAAUCGUAAUAACAAUAAUAAUCUAAGUAGCUAGCGACAACUAUAAUAGCGGUAUUAAUGUACACACGAUAACAGGAAAUAGAACAAUUCGGGCGGAACGCGUUGCGUGCGGCGCGCCGAGAAAAUGCAUACGAUAGAAUAGAAUAUAUCGUGUCGCACAGAGAGAAAUUUCUUCGGCACGAUGCGUUGGUGAUACAUACACCUAUACGUUACGCGAUUAUGUCAUCGAAAAAUCUCGUCGAGACAUAUGGCUCGAAACGCAUCAUCAA